AUUAUUCACCGACACAUCCAAUAUUUUCUAUCGUCAUUGUAACUCAAUUUUUUUAGUGCUUUUUCCCAACAUUUCCAAUUCGAUUUGUAUUUAUCACUCAAAAGAAGUACCAAUUUUUAUACUCUGAAAAUUUCCAGAUCUGCAAUUUGCUGCAUAGACUUCUAAUUCCGGCUUCUAGAAUCUUCCAUUAUCGUGUAUGCAUAGUUUCAAUCGGAUCACCGGCGAGAACUGUGACCGGCUGUUUCUGCAAUGAGUUAUCGGAGGGAUCAUCGAGCCCAUAGAGCUGCUCUCUUUGAUAACUACGAUAGUAUUGAGGAAGGUGGUAUAAGGGCUUCAUCUUCCUAUCCCCGUGAUCUUGAUGAACGAGACAAUGACAAAGCUGUUGAUAGCUUACAGGACAGAGUCAGCUUUUUAAAGAAAUUAACAGGUGACAUACAUGAGGAGGUGGAGACCCACAACAAGAUGCUAGACCGAAUGGGGAAUGAGAUGGAUUCAUCUAGAGGAAUCAUGUCAGGAACUAUGGAUCGGUUCAAGAUGGUGUUUGAGAAGAAAUCGAAUCAGAAAGUGUGCAAACUUGUUGGAUACUUCGUACUUUCCUUUUUCCUAAUAUACUACAUAUUUAGGUUUCUCAUGUAUUUCAUGUAUGGUUGAGGGUCAGGAUCACUAAGAUUGUUCAUCCAAAUUAGUUGGCCACAACACACUUUCACCAUUCUCAUCGGUAAAAGCUGGCAUCGUAAAUAUUAUAUUUCAUGUUGUGUCAAAUCGUUGAAACGGAAGAGAUCUUUAGUCAUAUGUUUGAAAAAUCAUACAGAAAGCAAUGUGGUAUUAUAAACUUGACAAAAGAAUUGUUUUUUUUUUUUGGUUCAUAGACGUGUAUAUUAAGCAUAUAUUUCAAUGUUAUGCUGUGACAACUUCUGUUUUUUUAACUGAAAAAUGUUGAAAGUCCGGUAAUA